AUGGCAGCCGUGGCGCGCUCGCAGCCGAUGCGCAUCCUCGUUGCCUGCGACAAGUUCAAGGAGAGCCUCGCCGGUCCUGCCGUCAAUGCAGCGAUCGCACAGGCGCUCCAGCACGCGCUUCCAAAUUGCAUCGUGUCCAAAAUGUGCAUGAGUGAUGGCGGCGAUGGCUGGAUUGACAGUCUACGCUCUCCGCUUCAGCUCGAGAUUCAACAAGUUCAGGUCAAAGGACCUUACGGAAAGCCGGUCACUGGCCAAAUUGGCGUUUGCCACUCACAACGAUUGGCGGUCAUUGAGAUGGCAGCUGCUUCAGGCCUGGAACUGACGACUGCCGCGGAACGCAACCCGCUACACGCGUCCACUUUUGGAUUGGGGCAACUCAUCAAGGCGGCAUGUGCUACGGAUUGCUCAGAGCUAUUGUUGGGAAUCGGUGGCAGCGCCACGAAUGACGGUGGCAUCGGAGCGCUCCACGCUUUGGGGCUGCAGGUGGAGCUGAGGGAUCGGGCAACACCUGAGCAAAUCACUGGUCGCGAUUUGCAGCACAUCCAACGGUUGUCGCUUCCAGGAUGCGACUGGGCUGAAAUGCAAUCCAUGAGCGUCGCAGCGCGGGCUGCGCGUGCCCGACAAGUUCUUUUGGGUCGAAGCGAUCGAGUCGUGCGUGUUGCUUGCGACGUGACCAAUCCCUUCACCGGACCGCAAGGCGCGACUGCCGUGUUUUCCGCGCAAAAGGGAGCCACCGCUGCUCAGCAGGUGGAGCUGGAGGCCGGCAUGGUCAACUUGACAAAACAUCUUGAACUUUUGACGGGAGUCAGCGUCGAGGUCAUGCCCGGAGCUGGCGCCGCAGGUGGCGUAGGCGGAGGCUUUGCGGCCGUGCUGGGCGCCGAACUUCAGCGAGGAGUGGUGUUGCUGAGCCGCACGCUUGGACUCGAGCGUGCUAUUGCAGAUGCAGAUUUGAUUGUGACGGGCGAAGGAAGCUAUGACGCGCAAACAUUUAGCGGCAAGGUUGUCUCUCAUGUGAAGGAUCUUGGGCGUCAAUACAACAAGCCGGUUGUUGUCGUGUGCGGUGUGAGCAAGGUUCCCGAGGUGUCGAAUGAGGCAGUGCUGCAGCUAACCAGCCAGUUUCCACUCGACGCGUGCAUGCACGACACUGCGCAAUGUCUGGAAGGUCUGAUCAAGCGCAACUCUGGCUUGUUUGAGCGACUUUUGGGGCGAUCGUAG